GAAGAGUUUGAAAAAGUUGUGUGGAUGACAUUAUUUCUCAUCUAAAACGAGCAGAGCACACACGGGGAGUAAUUAUAGAUGACUUAAAUGGCGGAGGAAUUACUUUUGGAAAACGAUGGGAAACAUGGCACGCAACUCACAAAGCCUCUGCUGGCGGUGGCUUUCCUGGCCUCUUUCGGCAGCUCAAUGCUGUAUGGUUACAACUUGGCAGUCGUCAACUCUCCAGCAGAGUACAUCAAAGACUUCUACAAUGAGACGCUGACCAAAAGCUACAACUGGAUUCCCGAUGAGAGGCUCCUCACCGUCCUGUACUCCCUCACCGUGUCCAUCUUUGCUAUUGGUGGGAUGACGGGGGCCCUGCUGGUGGGCAAACUCGUAACCAAAUAUGGAAGGAAAGGGACGCUGGUGAGAGCGACUGUGCUGGUGUUUAUAGGAGGAGCUCUUAUGGGCUUCAGCAGAAGCUGCAGGAUGCCUGCGAUGGUCAUUUUGGGACGCUUCAUCACAGGAGUACACUCAGGUAUCUGUCUAAGUGUUGUGCCGAUGUACCUCGGUGAGAUCGCCCCCAAGAGCCUGCGAGGCUUCUUGGGCCUCGUUCCCAGCAUCCACAUCUGUCUUGGAGUGUUCAUCGCUCAGGUCCUGGGACUCCAUGAACUGCUGGGAAAGGAAGAGCACUGGCCUCUGCUCCUGUCCCUCAUAGUGUUCCCCACCAUGAUCCAGCUAAUGCUGUUGCCAUGGUUUCCAGAGAGUCCACGGUACCUGUUGAUAGAGAAGGGAAAUAUUAACGCCACCAUCGCAGCUCUGAAGUGGUACCGUCCUAAAGGAAACAUACAGGCGGAGGUGGAUGAGAUGCAGGAGGAGCAGCGCUCUCUGUCCUCAGUCCAGACCAUCUCCGUUUUGGGCCUGCUCAGGGACCGCUGCGUUCGCUGGCAGGUCAUCACCAUCGUGGUGCUCAACAUCGGCAUGCAGCUGUCUGGCAUCGAUGCGAUCUGGUUCUAUACAAAUGACAUAUUUAGGGACGCAGGAAUCCCUGAUCUUAAUAUUCAGUACACAACUGUGGGAACAGGUGCCAUUGAGGUCAUCGCUGGGAUGCUGGGGUGUUUCACGAUCGAGCGUGUGGGCAGAAGGCCUCUUAUCAUUGGCGGCUUCCUGUUCAUGGGUAUUUGCUGUGCUGGGAUCACACUGUCUGUCCUCUUCCAGGCGGAGGUGGGCUUCAUGCGCUAUAUUAGUGUGGGCUGCGUUGUCGGGAUCAUCGCUGGCUUCUGCAUAGGUCCAGCUGGUGUGCCUUUCCUGAUCACUGCGGAGCUUUUUAAGCAGUCACACCGACCAGCUGCCUACACGGUGGCUGGUGUCCUCAACUGGAUGUCCAACUUCACCAUCGGCUUCGUCUUUCCCUUCCUAGAGAUGACUAUGGGCCCUUACUGUUACCUGAUUUUCUGUACCAUCUGCUUGGGAGUGGCCCUAUACGCCAUCUUCAUUAUUCCAGAGACCAAGAACAAAACUUUUUUGGAGAUCAGCCAGAUGUUUGCCACCAAGAACAAUAUCCUGGAAGAAGAGCUGACCUCCAAUGGGCAUCUCAAAAUGGCCAUGAUGAACGGCUACGGAACGCUUGGCCUUCACAGCUAAAGAUUAGAAGGGGCGAGGAGGCAUACCUACAUUUAAAUGAUCUUCUUAGUUUGACUGAAGUUAACGUAGUAGAGGUAAAAGGUGGAACUUCUGUGGCCACGAGGAGAUCUGCUGCUUGAAGUUACAGAGACCCAUGUCUUUUCACACACACACACACACACACACACACACACACACACACACACACACACACACACACACACACACACACACACACACACACACACACACACACACACACACACACACACACACACACACACACACUACCAUUCCUGUUUCAACAGUUAAUGUCCAGUCAAAGUGUAACUCCUGUACAUAAUAUGAGACAGAAGUCACGCGGUUAUGCAUUUCAAAUCAACCAUCACUGACAUUUUAAUCCUUUUCUCCGUAUCUUAAAGGAUUUUAUUUUUUUUGCAGGAGCAGUUGGUUGGUUUCUCACAGUGCUCUGAGAAGCUUUAAUCUCCGCAUUAGCUUCACUCUGUUUAAACACAUCCCAUGAUCACUUCAUUGUUCACAGUCGCUGUUGAAUGCUGUCUUUGUUGCUCUAUAAACAUUGAAACAUGUUCAUUUAGUGACACAGCAAAAUAGCACACACUAAAGGAAGAUAUAUGUUUCAUACAGGGGUUAAAUAAGUCACAAGACAUCAUAAGAAUAAUAUAAUAUUAUAUGUGACUGUAUGUUCAUAGUGUUCAGCUCAAGGAGAAUGUCUCCACAAAGAACUUGAGCUGUGUUUCGUCUUUUGUCAAUUGUAAGACUAUUUUGUGAGAGCUGGAUAUUGUGGCUGCUGCAGUAGCCCUUUCAUACGUCUUGUCCAAAGAUAUGCACAUAUAUUUAAAGCUUGUUAAAGAGCUAUAACUUAUCAAUAUAACACAAGAAAGUAUCUGUACAAGUUUAGUUCUUUUUUUUAAAACAGUCCUGUUUCCCAAGACCUCUGUGUUUAAAAUAUGCUUGAAAUAAAAUGAAAGCUGUUCGAAAAAUGGCAGAAAUAUUUAAAUAUGUCUCUUCUUUGUUUUUUGCUGUAUAAAGCUGUACACUGUUUUGCUGAUUGAGGCUCGGAAUCUCAACAAAUACAUAAAAGAGUGAAAAAAAUGUUAUGUAUAUACAAUAAACAAAUUUACUUCACCAUC